AUGGGUAAUUUGGACAAUUUCAAAGGCUCUGGCUAAAGCUAAAUCCUGCAUGGAAAAGUUUGCACAAAACCUGGCUUCUGUCUGUGGUCUAUAUAAGGCAGCUACAGUACGCCCAAAAACUCUCUAGAUCUCAGCCCGGCAAGAGAUUUGGAGCGUUCUUGCUCCUCCAUCCAUUAUGAUCUCUUGGGUAGCCAUCUACCAUGUUCUUGAAGCGACAACACCAUUGUAUGUAGCCAUGAUACUAGCCUACCUAUCCAUAAAAUGGUGGAAGUUGUUCACUCCAGAGCAGUGCUCUGGGAUCAACAAGUUCGUGGCCAAUUUCUCCAUCCCUCUUCUCUCUUUCCAGGUCAUCUCCACAAACAAUCCUUACGACAUGAACCUCAAGCUCAUAUUCGCAGACAUCCUACAGAAGUCGAUCGCCUUGCUGGGGUUUGCAGCCAUAUCUAGAGCAUGUUGCGCAGAGAAGUUUGAUUGGCUCAUUACAGGUUUCUCUUUGUCGACACUGCCCAAUACGCUGAUUGUCGGUAUCCCGUUGCUGAAAGGAAUGUAUGGUGAUGAAGCUGUCAAGCUGAUAAGUCAGAUAGUUGUCCUACAGAGCCUAAUUUGGUACACACUUCUUCUCUUUCUGCUUGAAUUCCGAGCCGCCAAAGGAAUAGCUGCCGCACCAUCAUCUGAAAUUGUAGAUGAGGAAGAAGCAGGUACUCUAGGAGCUACACAACAGACAUACCAAGAGGGCCAGUCAAAAGGUGUAUCAGCAAGAUGUUCUAGGGCCUUCCGCUUUUUGUUGGUGAUUGGGAUGAAGUUAGUGAUGAAUCCGAACAUUUACGCAUGCCUGAUCGGUCUAAUUUGGGCACUGAUUAGCUUCAGGUGGCAAAUACAGUUACCCUUGAUCGUUAGUAACUCCAUAAGGAUACUCUCAGACGGAGGGCUGGGAAUGGCAAUGUUCAGCCUAGGUCUUUUCACAGCUCUACAAACAAAAAUUAUAGCCUGCGGAACUAAGAAGAUGCUAGUGUCACUAGGCAUCAGGUUCUUUCUAGGACCAGCCCUGAUGAUGAUCUCUUCCUAUGCUGUUGGGAUGCGUGGAAUCUUGCUCAAGGUGGCCAUUGUGCAGGCAGCAUUACCUCAAGGAGUAGUGCCAUUUGUAUUUGCGAAGGAGUAUAAUGUGCAUGCAGAUAUUUUAAGCACUGCGAUAAUUGUUGGUAUGAUGGUUGCAGUUCCUGCCGCCCUAGCUUACUACUUUGUUAUCUAACCUAUGAACACUUAAAUCUUAGUCACUCAAAUAUGUUUAUUCGGCCAAACAAUAGCAGGGCAGCGUAGUGUAAAGGGCAAAUUCAGCCAUGGGUGUGAAUAUUUUGCCAGGCUGUAAAUAUUUGUGCUGUGGACUUGGAUCGUGUGGUGUGGUGACCCGACAUAAAGAUAAGAUAUGUUUGUACUCGACGACCGCACAUUUUAGUUUCCAGUCAUUUCCAUUAUCUGCGAACAGCGCCAACUUGUGCCCGCAGCCCAGCUUGCUCACCCGGGCGAAGCAGCGUGCUUUGUUUCUCACGAGCAUUCUGUCGAACAGCCGGUGCGCCUGUUCUUGAACUUUAAAAACUGCUUUUAGCCUUAAGAGCAUUCUGCCGAACACAUUGCCGGCGGACCUGAGCUGAUAUGCGGAGGCGAACAGAGCAGAAGGGGAUCAGCUCAUCCGAUCAGGCAGCAGCACUAUGUUACCGGUAGGGUCGAGCAAGGCGUACCAUUUCCUGCUUCUUUGGCGCGGAGGCGAGUGGCAAAAGAUUGGAGGCCAGAAAAUGUUACCACAAAGUAGGCGAAAUAACUCGCCGGGCGGUCGACCCGGGCGCUGACAUAUGCAGCGACCGCCUACAUCCCCCCGCUCGCUGGCUCGCUAGCUGCUGCGGACUGCGGUCGCUCACCUGCUCAUUCACGUUGACGUUUUGUUUUUUUUUGUCCUUCAAAAACGUUUGGGUUUUU